GAACAUCGUAACAUUCAAGUCUCUCCGCUCUCGACUCAAGUGUGCAAUCGAAAGUGAAUCCUCAUCCGCAUCCGUGUUCUGCUUCCGUUAUAACGGAAGUGUUUUCCUUACCAAUUCUCGCUUUGCCUUCCCGGUUGUUUGCUCAACGUGGGUAAUUUUUUAUAUCAAUAAAAGUUGAUCUGAAGGUACAUGCCUCAUGCACACUUAAAGUAGUUGGGGGCGCAUUAUUUAUCUGGGCUUGGUUCCGCACUCACAAGCCCUCAAAAUGAUGGGGAAUGUUUCAAAUGUACAGGAGUACAUAAUUCUUAAAUCCUUUGUCCUUAAAUUUUCCAAUAAAGACAAAACUCACCCGAUUAGCCUGUUAACAUGUUGGCUUAAAAUUUACAAAACAAAAAAAAAAUCAUGUCCAUUUCCCUGCUUGAGCUUGUUUAAAAAUUUGGUGUGUGUGCAGCUUGGGCAGAAGAAAGCCCCUUGCCCUUUUGCAUUUCUGCUCUUUCUCCUCCAUUUGCGGUUUUGUACUGAGGUUUGUUGUUUCCGUUGCUUUGUUGCAUUUGACAUUAUGCGCAUUAAAUGCGCUUGGAAUGCUCUGCUUCCUCCGACUUCCUCUGGAUUCCUCCUUCCUUCCACAAACACAAACUGCGACUGACAACGAUAAGAGGAUGAGGAAGAGAGCCGCAAGUGUCGAUAAGGAGGCAGAAGAGCCGGGAACCAAGAACCAGGAGCCAUAACCAGGAGCCAUAACCAGGAGCGUGAGCCAGGAGGAGCCGGGAGUCGGGAGACUGCAGACAGAGGUAGACAGCUGCCAAAGCGCUUUGUAAAUUAUGUCGUUGAGGGGCUUCAGCUCGAGUAGGUUUUAUGGGGAAAGUAACCAAAACCGGAAUAAAAGCACUACCGUAUGGCAGGACAUAAACAUGUGUGUUCGAAAGUUUCCGAGCUUGGGGCACAAUGACUGCUCUGCCUUUAAUUAAAUAUGUAAAAACCUGGAGGUGGAGCGGUGUGAAAGUAAUUUGAGUUUAAUAUUCAUGCUAAUUUAAAUUUGAAAACGCAGUUCGCGGCUUACAGUGCGCAUACGUAAUGCUUAACUUGAUUGCUGGCUAGCCGAGCACUUUAGAUGGAGGUUUGAUUUAAAUUACAUUAGUAGUAUGCGGAUAUGCGUUUUAAAACGAAAGGCACCUUUGUCUGUGACAUCAGUUCAGUUUCAAAAAGCCAUAAAAAAUGAGGCAAAUAAAACUCUUAGUAUGGCUCUUGGUCGGUGGAGUGGUUUCUGCAAGGGAACAACAUACAUUUCUAAGGAAUUUCCUGGAAGCGGUGCACAAAGAGAGAUCUAUUUCAACCAUUCUUCUUAUGCAAAGGAAAGAUAAUAAAAAUGAUUUUCUUCACGGACUAUAUCCCACAUCGUGGCCUUUAAUUUGCAUGGACGAAACUAAAAGAAUUGAACUGGUAAACCAUUUUAACAAGGACUUUCUGGCUCUGGUGUACAUGGAAUCUGACGAGGAUGCAUUGUUACUCUCGGCGUUGGCUGACGAUCUUAAUCAUAUUAGAGAGACCAGAAUUUUAAUCUGGUUACAGAUGAGCCCUUCUGAAGCUUUUCUUAAAAAUAUUGUUUUUGAGGCAUCUAAGUACAAGUUCCUUAAUCUUGCGUUAAUAGAACGUACAUUAACAACUCGACGACUUUAUCCAUUUCCCCAGCCAAUGGUGCAAGUGAUCGACAAACCUUUUGAGGAAAAGAAAAUAUAUCCCGCUCUUUGGCGAAACUUCAUGGGAAAAAAUGCUUUUACUGUGCCCGACAUGGUGCCACCAAGGAACUUUGAUUGCUUUGAUCCAAAAACGGGUUUUAGAAGGCCAGCUGGAUCUCUCUACAACUCCUUUAAGGAGUUUACCCAGAGAUACAAUAUCACCAUGCUACUGAAAUGGCCAAUCGACACAUAUAAUACUCAAGAAGAAAUCAUCGCAAGGACUGUUCGGGGAGAGAUAGACUUAGCACUAACCGGUCAGUUGAUUAGCUUUAGACACCCAAACGGAAGCAGGACACAGCCUCUUUUAGGAGUCACAGCCCUAUCCAUUACCGUGCCAUGCGGACCGGAGUUGCCAAUGUUUGAUCGGUUCUUUUUGGUCUUCGGGCUGGCCACACCCAUCACCAUAGGUGGAUACUACGUCCUCUUAAGCAUCAUGGAGGUCAUACUUGGUACCCUAAGCGAUCGAGUCAAAGGCCAUCCACGACGUGAGAAGUUCCUGAACAUGGUACUUAACCUUCGGGUGUUUAGUUGCAUUUUGUCCCUGUCUACUCCCCAAGGGAAUCGACUCAGGUCCGUCAAGGGACAGCUGACCAUGGUGAUGAGUGUUACAGGCCUCAUUCUGUCCUGCUAUGUGGCGGCACAAACUAGCACCGUUCUCACCAUGAAACCCCAGUACCGGCACAUCAAUAACUUUCAGGAACUGCGCGACAGUAACAUAACCGUUACUUGUAACCACCUUAAUUACAUGACUAUGAAGCAGCAAAUGAAUCCCGCGUUUUUAUCCAAGUUCAUUCCGAACAUCUGGAUUGUAAGUAGCAGAGAGCAGAUGAAGAUGAUCGUUGAUUUGAAUACGAGCUAUGCCUACCAGACAUUCUCCUACAAUAAGGACCUCUUCACGGUGCUUCAAAUGCACACUACCCGUAGGGCUUUAUGUAGGUCCCAGGAUCUAAAUGUGGUCAGCGGAAUUGCCUAUACUGCGGUUCUGGAAAAGAAUUCGAUCUACGCACUUCCUCUGCAUGACUACACACUUCAGGUCUUAAGUGCCGGUCUGGUCUAUCACUGGGGUGACGAAGCGAUUCGGGAGCUUAUCUCCACACAGAAGUACACACAAUUGGAAAAGCUACCCAUUGUGAUCGGCUAUCAAGCGCUAAAGCUGCCGGAUUAUAAAGUCUGUUGGGUGAUACUCCUGAUCGGUGGUGCUCUAGCUUUUUGUGUAUUCAUCGGGGAAGUUGUUGUUGGCUGGAUAAAGCGAGAAAGGUUGAGCAAAUAAAAUUGGACAGGAAAAUAUCUCAUAAAUGUUAAAUUUAUAAAUACUAAUCAAUUGUUUAAUACUUAGUUCUCUUACACCGCUUUCUCAGUGUUAAAAAAUUGUGUGUGUUAUUAAAAAAGCACUCCAUAUUCAAUUCUGAAAUAUAAUAGAGCCACUAACCAAAAAAUUAUACCAUUCUUACCUAUCUUCAUUAUGAAAUGUUGUAUUAAUUUACAUUUAAUUAAUUUUCAUGUGAGUACAUGACAUAGGAAUCUGUACUGUUUAAAUUGAUUACGCGCCUGCAGAGUUUUUAGAUAAGCGUAAGACUUGAAAUAAAUUAUUGCAAAGAUGCACGGAUAUGACCUUUAAAUGGAAAUGCAUAUUUUUAAGAGACUUUAGUUCACUAUAAAAAUUAAAAAAAAAAGAGGGGAGCUUAAAAAGUUAUUUUCUUGUUGGCUAGUGCAGCAACAGUGACCGUAAAACAAAAUUAAUUUCUUUAAAAUAUUCUGAAAGCAGUUGGGCAAGAACAAACAAUUACUACUAUUCUGAUACUGCAAGUCACGUUCACAAAAAAAAAAAUCUUCUGCAAGGACUAUCCGUUAUCGUGGCCCAUUAUGCAUUUGGAUCAAACUCUAUGAAAUGAGUUAAGUAACUACAAUAAGAAAAUCAUGGGUCUGCUCUAAAAGGAAUCUGAAAGAUAUAUUACUCCUAUCAGUCCCGUUUUUCUGAGUUAUUGCCAAUCAAGAAGACGUGCAUAAGUUUGUUAAUAUUUUGUUAAGCCAUUCCUCAGCCGAUGCAGGUUGCACUGCUUAUUUGGAGUGGUAUCAAUAUUCAUCGAAGUGACUGGGGACAGGAAUUCUCGGCCUAUGAACACUUCCACGAAUCUUAUGCACUUUUGGCAUUAUGUGUGCUGAAACCAGCAAACUGACCAUGAAUCCACAAUAUCGGCACAUAAGUUACUUUCAGGAACUGUGCGACCGUAAUGUAUCCGUAGUUUUCAAUCACCACUACUUUAUUUUCUACAAUCCACCGAAUCCAUCCUACUAACAACUAGAUUUUUAAGUUCCAGGAGCUAAUGCUUUGUUUAAUAAUACUUUCUGUAGGGGUUUUGAUAGCUAUUUGUGUUUUCUUAUUGGAAGUACUAAUGGGCUUUCCUGCAAUAUAGAAAUCAGAAAAAGUGAAACAAGUAAUGUAUUAAUUUAUAAAGUCUACAUAUAUAGAUACAUACAUACACAUAUAGGAAUAUUAUUAAACACUCGUUAAGCACUCGUAGGCUAUAAACUUGACAAUAUACCUGCUUCUAAACUCCAUAAUUUCUGAAAUAAAUUAUUUAAGCGCGAGUGCAAGGGAGCUUACAUCAUGCCGCCUUCUUUGACUAUCUGGGCCCUCAUCAAUGACAAUAAAAACUCAGUCAUAAAGGGGCCACAAAUGACAUAUGUGACGAUAUGCCGGGCAUUUAUGAUGGCAAGGGCCACCAGACAAGAGGCUCUGUCACCCGAUGCCGACAUGUCCGUUGCUCAGAUUGAGUGUGAGAAUAAAGCUUAGAGUCGACAUAUGGGAACUGGGGUUUCAAUGGUCAACCUUGACCUCGAAUGAGGGCUGUCCCAACUCCAGGAGUGCGACAAUUAAUUACUGCAUAAUAAAUGCCUAUGAUACGAUUGAUGAGCUGGACGUAUCUGACUGCUGGUCAACUGCAAUUAGGAAUGAAAUGGAGCGACCCGGAAAACACACUCGAAAAUCAAUCGAUUGACGUCAGUGAACGAAAAUUGGGCUGAAGAAAACAGUGUAAGGUGACACAAUCCCGCAAAGGAUACACACUGGGAACCACAGGGCGUGUGCGUCACGUGAGCCGUCGAAAGCCCUGGAAUGGGUUUAAGGUUUAAAUCAAAAAUCCCGCAGCUAAAGUUACGGUUGUGCUUCUUUCCAUUUUAUCAUUUAAUUAAAAUUUAAAUUGUAUCAUCUACCGGAAAAUCCGGGAAAACUGAAGUCAGAAACCGAACUUUUCACAUAUGUAUAUGUAUACGAGUACCCUUUGGCUGUGGCGUCCCACCGUUCAGUGUGAAUUAUUUAUAUCACAUACAAUUUGAAUUUCUGGUAUUUGCAUUUGUCAGAUUGUUAUUUGCUGAUUGACAAUGUGUGCCGCUAAAGGUGUGUGUUCCUGAUUGGACUACGUUCUCCCAAGGGAAGCCAGCGAAAUGGACGCCUCGCAUGUCAAUCUUGAUUCGAGAAUGUGCUGAAAGGCACUAGUUAAAGGUUAUAGAUUCAUUAGAAUAAAAACCCAUAUAUUUACAUUACCUUUUUUGCAAGCAAAUUCCGCUGCGCAUCGCAUUUAAUUUCAUCCAUGGCUUUCUUCCCUGCAAUGCGAGAAUAAUUAAACCAACGCUACAAUGCAUAUGCAUGCCAUUAGUAUUUGUCGGUCAAUUCGCUGUCAAAAUAUGGCAAACCAGCACAAGUGGCUGGGUCAGGUCACUUAACCGCAUUGAAGCCGUCAGCAAAAUAUUCGGUCAAAAGUUCAUUUGAUGUAGGAAUGCGCUUUGCAAGCACUACACCAAAUAAUGUCGAAACAGUUAAUGCUAUAUAUAAAGCAAUGCAGUUUGAUGUUUUUAAGGAUACAUCCUGAUAUAUAUGUAUCAAUUACAUAUCAGUUUUAGAAAACAGAUAGAUAAGUUGUGUUGUAAAUUACAAUAUAUCUGCUUUUCAUUGAUUAUAAAUGGACGCAGAGACCAGCAACAAAUAUAAUUAUUCAACAAAACGAUAUAACAUAUAAUACAUUUGUUCCAUUUUUGCUGUUUUCUAUUAGUGUGGAAAAGCCAACACAACGGGCUGCCAAAGAUAUGGGGGAAAGUCCUGCUGGGCGGAGUGUGAAAAGUAAAGAACCCCAGGGCUGCCGCUGUUUCUGCCAACUGCUCUUCUGGCUAGGAAAAAGUUCUGUUUAAGUCAAAUAUUGGCCAAGCUUAGCAGCCUGCUCCGCCUUUUCCAUUUCGUCCUGGCCCAGGGAUAUUAAGCGAGCAACGGCAAGAGGACAAUGCAGAUGCAAUAAAAAAAUAUGGUCGGUGGAGAGGGAAAGCGGAGAAGAAAGCUGAAUGACUAGUAGUCAUUUAAGGGCAAGCUUAAAGAGUCAUGGCGAGGAGGCAUGGUAUUCAUCAAUUAUCCAAGCACAAAAUGCAUUGAAAUUUCCUACAGCUCCGGAUCAAGAUUUUUAUUUCGCUUUACACUCGAAGACCAUUUUCCCGCACACGGCUUUAAAAUCAUAAAUUCACAACUGACAGCUUUUCCAGCCGAAGGAAGGGAACGGAACGGGAACGAGUCGGCUUAUGUCAGGCCUGGCUAAGUGCAUGACAAUCACAGAUAGUUGGCGGCUGGAGGGGCAGGGAAUGUCCUGUUUGGACCCGCUUUCCUGGCUGUUGUUUUUGUUCUUGUUGUUGCAACAAAGGACCAAGCAAACAUUCAGACAAACAGCAAACAAACCCUUCGACACAUUGCAGCCCAAAGAACAAGGGGCAGUUUGAUGGACAGCCUGUCAACGCGCAGUCGGUUCAUAUUUUACUAUUGCAUAUAGAAGUCUGCCUUUCGGAUUAAUGGUUUACAACAAUUGGAAUUUGCGCAAAAACUGGUAGACAAUGCAGAGCGGAAAACUAAAAUCGCUUUUUCCAUUUUCCUAUCAUUGAUUGAUGGCAGGGGACCAUAGUCAAAGAGUUAUAGUUUCAAACCCGUGCUUUGUUGUGCUCAAAUAUCAAUCGAAUUUAUUGCGUCAGUUAUACAGAUGUGAGCUCCUAGAUAAAAAAUGUUUAAUUAUUUGAAGAGGUUUUCAAAACUUCAGGCGUACCAAAACUGAGCUUAAUUAAACGUUACUUCCAAGAGUUUCCCAUUCAAAAAUAGUGCAUAUGCAUAGUGUAUAGCAUACAUUAAACAUUUACUUCAAAUGCCAAAGACGCGCAGCCAACUUGUAAGUCCUGUGUCUAUUUGCCAGGACGAGCGGGCGAGUCCUGCCGCGAACUCACAAAUGUGCUCAGGUAUCUUAGGAUAGAGAGCAUUAUUGAUCGCCAAUCACGCUAUGACAGUUUGCAAGGUGCAUUAUCAUGCAAAUUAAUUGCAUUGCCCGGCGAACCGUGCAUUAAGAUGGCCCCUGUCACCGACACCGCAUUUCAAUUAAAUCAACACAUUGAUUUAAUUAAAUUUCCGCCGUUUUACGAACUGACGCUACUCAGUAGUCUAUUUUUUAUCCCGCUUUCAUGGGGUUGCGGUUGUGCAGGUUGCGUGGUGUUCAAUUGAAAAUGCCAUCGAUAUGCGCAGCUGCAUAAUUUAUGCAAAAGAGUCGCCAGGCACUCUUCAUCUUUCAGAGCAAAGCUCUUACAACAUGUACGUACAUUGCUGAGUUGGGCAAAGGACGUGGACGAGAUGGAUGGCCUGUAAAAUGGUUUUUAAUAUGGCUUUAUCAGCAACUUUAAGCUCGUUGUAGGCGAGGGAAAGUGCAACACUCUGUAAAAGUAAUUACCAGCAUAGUUUGUCCUACUAAUUUAAGUCCACUUGCUCCUAAAGUGCCCUUUGGCACAACAAUGGCUCCAUUAGGGGGAAUCGCACGCGUUCGUGGAGAAAGUCCAUUCAGAGGCUUCUCAAGUGUUGUAAUUACAAAAGCGCGACAAACGGCAAACAAGAAGCCACGGCAGCCGACACAUGCAAUCCUAAGCCGCUUAAUUUAUUUACACGAGCUCUAAAACAAGCUUGAGUCGCCUUAGCAGCUUGUGCCACCUAAAUUUGGCUUAAACGCUUCGAGCCACAUGUUGACAGCCAAGGAGUAGGCCGAGAGUUGCCGCCCCAGGCAUGUGGCUCGUGUAAACAAUUUAUUUUUGUAAUUUAUGCAUGAAUAAUUAAUCGCCACCAUUCCAGGCUGUUGCGAUUCACACGGACUUUAGCCUGAAAGGAGGAUUUAAUUGUUCAAAUCCACUUUGCUCAUAUUAUGCAUCAAAACGCUGAUGAGAAAAGAAAAUAUAAUCUUUACAAAUUUUCGGUAUAAGAUCUUUCUUAUAUAUUUUACACGCAUACACACAUAAUUAAAAACAAAUUUAACGGUUUUUAGCAAUUAAUAGUGUUGCAUGCUUUUAAGAUACUGAGUGGUUGCAAACUCCUGUGAGACAACUACACAAUCUUGGCACAUUCCUUGCCUAAUAUUUAAAUCAUUCGAAAUUCCUGCCAAACAAUUUUUUUGAAAAAGGAGCAAUAAUACAAACACUGCGAUAAAUUGUGGGUGUAAGCACCUGACUUACGCGCAAACAACCUUUCUCUCAUUACUUAUUUAAGCAAAGUUUUCAGAAAUUUAUUCCAACUUUGGCGCAACUAUUUUUCCUGUAAACUUGCCACUUUAUUUGUUUGACACGUGCAGCGAUGAAAUGUUAUAUUUAGACUAGAUGGCAAACUUUUGGCCCACAUAAUGACUGUUGACAAUUGCCAAUAAAUGCAGAUGGGGGGCCGUGGCCCACCCAUAAAGGACCCCAACAAUAUUUUAGGCCUCGCUGAGUGCGAUGAGUUUGCCAUUUUAUUGUAUUAACAGCAACAGGCUGUUCAAACAGAGGGACGGGAAGUGUACACUCGAAGAAACAGGCCGGCGAAGAAAGGGUAGUGCAAAAACGGAUGGCCUUAGGGCCAAGUUGAUAAUUCUCAUGCAUAAUUCUCGCAGUGGAAGACGUGUUUUAUUAGCAGAAACAGCAGGACAGCACCAGCGACCAAAUGAAUUACCUUUCUCCAGUCGCCCGAACAAAGGCAAAUGUAUUUUGCUUGUAUGGAGGGACAGAAACAACUUUCAUUAUAGCCGUAAAUACCGAAACCAGGGGUGGCCCACCAAGGUGAUUCACGGAAAGGGGGGCCUAGUGUUUGCUUAGCGACUAAGGCGGAAUUCAUUCAUUCAUUUCUGGCCAACGCAAAUUGAUUGUUUACUUAAUUUCAUCAUCGAUUUUGUCGCUCGGAAAGUUUUUAAUCAACACAAGCUGGAGAGCCGGAGAGCCGGAGAGCCGGUGCGGUAAUUCAUUGUACAUCAUCAUCAUGCAAAUUGGCAAAAAUUAAUAACAAUUAUAGUUUACAAGCAAGAGGCAUUUUGCGGCCAACUCAUGCGGUCACAGCUGCUCCUGUGACGUGCAAAGUUUAAAUUUGCCCAAAGUCCCUCCUGGUUAAUUAUUAAUUUUAGCUCGGAACUAUGAGUCCGGUCCGGUAAAUCAUCACGCUGCGUUGGUAAUAGAGUAGGAAGAGUGGGAAGUUGUGAAUUGUAAUUGGAAAGGUUUGCUAAUUUGCCGCAGGUACGGUGAGGGCCCAGCUGAGGGUUCAUCAAGUUAGCCGGUUAUUAUUACGAAGGCUUUCGAAAUUCGGGGAGUAUUAAAUAGGAAGCAUGACUGAAAAUCCUGAUUAAAUGGCAUUUCAAUCCGUUUUAGAUGAUUCACUUACAGCUCUGAGUGCCCCAUGUUUAAUACAAAUUGAAGAUACAAUGUUUCGCAUUAUAAAACAUUUGUAGUAGCUUAAUGUGGGUUGCAAAUAAACAAGGACAUUUAGAUAAAUUUGGAGUUUGGUGGAUUAACUUCUUUGGUCUUUUCACGCACUCGCAUUAUGUCGCAGCUCUCUCCAAAAAUUCUCCGAGAUUAUAUUACUUAGCAAUAGAUUGUUUAAGUUUAAGCUGGACGUUACUGUCCAAUGGUAUAGUUUAAACACCUUAGCUGUUGCAUUUGACUGACAUGUUUUCGGUCCAAAUCAUUUCUUUGCCGAAAGGCGAUGGAACUUUUAGGCAAUUUUCCCGAUUACUGCUCCCAAAUUGAUUGUGGCUCUUACCUGGUAAUGCUAACUGACAGGUAGAUAAUUGAGACAGAAAAGCAAGAUAAAUAAGUAAAAAAGAAAGAGCAUGUGAAAGCUUUUAAGUGACAAUUAUGUGGCCGCUUCUGACCUGAUGCGAACUGACGUGCACAAAACUUUUGCAUUAAAUAUUGCGGACAAAGCGAAAAUUAAUAUUAAUUGUAAGUGUUUCAGUUCGCACUGCCAGACAAAAUAAAGGCUGGCUAAAUUAAAUUGAAUGUAUUGCAAUGGACGGCGAUUUUCGGCUCUAACCUAGAGGGAAAUUUAAUUUGCGCUGAUUGAAUUUAGCACUUUCUUGAAAUUCACAUAGGGAUGGAUCGGGCAUACUUUAUUAAUAACCAGGCGCCGUGCUCUCUGGCAGAUUUUUUAUGUUUUCCAGAAAAUUCAAAUUGCGUAAUAAUAUUGAGCCCUACUUCUCCGGGGGGAGUAGGAAACUGCGAGUUCACAGGACCAAAUUCAAAUUGAAAUUUGCCUUCCUUUUCCCUCUAUAUGCCUUUUCGGUAUCUCUCUAUCUCUGUUUCUGCGUAUUUUCCAGUUGGUCAUAAAUUCGUGUUCAAUAUUUAAUGAGCUGAAUGUUUUUGCGCUCACAGGAAGUGGUGGCAGUGGCACAGAGCGCGGUCUUUAAUGCAUGCUUUUAAAUUGUUUAUGGCUCGUAUGAGUAAUGUGCACAACGCAUUUGCCAGCUGAUGUGUGGCGAAUGCACUUGCCAGGGGCCAAAUCAGCCAUAAAACCAGCUCAUACCUGUCACGGCCACAUUUUUGCCCGGCUUUUGUCCGAAUUUUGGCCUUCCUCGUCCCUGUCACAUUAGCCAACUCAUUUGCGCUGCAUGUCGAGAACAGCAAGUCACUCAAGCGAAGUGCAGAAGGCAUUGCUCGUAGACAGGCAGGGCUUUAGCUUGAUUUUUGCCGCUUAAGUGUGCUGCAGUUAAAGGUGUUGCUGCCUCCCAUUUUGGCGCGUUUAAUUUCUGUGAGUACACCCUUAAAUACCCCACGUUGGGCGCCAGUAGGUAUACCAGUAGCAUGCCCCGCAUUGGGCGCCAGUAAGAACGAGGACCGUCUUCAUUGGCCUGUGCAGAAGAAAUCAAUGAAAAUACUGCAUAACUUCGUUUGUGCCCCUGCCCUUUGGAGUGGCAUUCAAGUGGCACGUAGCGACAACACAGCGGAAUCGAACCGAACCGAACAGAGCGUACACAAAGCGAUUUCUCAAUUUAAAGUCAUUUUGCGUUUUCCCAGCGAACGUUGGUCGAAUACGAGUAACGGCGUAAGUGCUCCCUGUCCUGCACUGCCAUACAGCUAGACUGCAUCCUCGUUCAGGCAAAGGACCCUUGCUCUAUCCCUUGGUGACACAUUUUUUACCGUUGCCAGCCAACGCGUUGCAUUUUUUACAGGAGUAAGUCGCACUCUGCUCCACACCAUCUUGUUUGCUAAUCGGCCAACUGCAGCAGGGUUUCCUGCCCUGUGUUAGCUGGUUUCGUUAGAUAUUCCCAAGGAGUCUCGAAUUCCAGCAGCUCCGCAGUGUCGGGCGAAAUGGAUUUCGAUUGGAUUUGACAAACGUAUGCAAAGUGAGCAAGUUGUAGCAGCAAAGUGCUGCCAAAGUAUAAGGAAUAGACACUCUGCUGUAAUCGUAUACCGUCCUGUGAUGCUGUACCUCAGGAACUUAUCAAUGGGAAAAUCAAACAUCAAACAUCGAAAAAAAAUACUUUCACAAUGUAACAAAAACGCGCAAAAAAAAAAGACUUGCUGAACUGGAUAUCUAUGCAUUGUAUUUAUCUAGAAGCUUGUGGUUGACGAAGGACUUAUUCGAACAGCACCCGAUUCGGAAAUAUGUUUGAUAUUGAAGAGUUUUGCAGAUGCGAAAAAACCCUACUCGAGCGUUUUGACUGCCGACAACAGCGAUAAUACUAAACUACUUUGAAUUACCACAUCCAAAUGCUUUUUUUGUAUCUAAAUUGGGUUUUUUGAAAAAAAUUUUUUUCUUUAAUGAACAACACUCAAAGCCUAUUAUUAUUUCGUUCUGUAUUUAAGAAAGUCACAUUGGCCCUGCUUUGGGGAAAGGGAAAACUUGUUGCUUGGGGGACCAUUUUAAGUGAAAACUUUCAGACAAGCUGGCAACUUUAAUCUAAUCGAUAUUCCUGCACCCUUCUCUCGCACAUAUUAAUUAAAGUUUGUUAACGCAUUGCCAUGGCGAGCGAGUAAAAGUUACAAAAAAAAUUUAAAACUUUUCUCGCAAUUGAGAGUUGCUUAAACAUUCAUAAGCUUUCCAUUUGCCCUUCCCCACAGGGAGCAUGGCCUGGGCACCAGUGCGGUGGCAACUCGUAUAAAAGUAACUCAACUAACGCAACUGGAGCUAAAUGGCCCUGAUGCAAAACGGUCAGUCGGCACUUGGCCGGUGCCAAGCCAAUUAUGAGCCAAGUCAAAGAGCGACAAAGGGGUGGAGAAUGCCUGGCAAUCAAUGAAGCCCUAUUUGGGCGCCCUUCAGUGUCAGUUAAUGUGCCCAAUUGAGUGUCGAAAAUUUCGCAGCCGAAAGCGUUAAGUGCCAACACAAAAGUCAGCCAACACAAUGCAGGGGCAUUUUGGUUUUGGCCAACUCAACACCGUGUCGGUCGCAUUGUUGCAAUGGAUGCGGUGCGCUCUGGUGCUUUAAUUACUCGAGGAGCUCCAGCUCAGGUCCUGGGUCUGGCUCGGACUCCUUUGUGUACUUGGCCGCCAGGACACAGGGAGAAGGACCCCGGCAACGUGGCAGCAAUUAAAGUAAGUGGCGCCAUUCGCCUUUCACGCUGCCUUGGUCAUUUCUUUUGGCCGAGAAGUGGUGCGUCCCGCUCAAAAGGCAUUAAUUUCCGCUGGCAAACACCAUCAGCAUAGUUUUCACGUUGGUGAGGUUUUCAUAAUUGCCCCCAAGUCCAAAGUCCCAGUUUUUAUUAUUUAUUUUGCACCUUCUUUAGCAUCAUUUUGUGUGAUCAAAGGACUAGCUUAAUUAUUUUGUGCGAACUCGCGUUUUGCCCUGCACUUUUUUAAUAUCUUUUUAUCCAAAUCAUUUUUAUACAAGAAAUCUCACAAUCUGUAUAGGCUGCUGUCAACUACUAUAAAUUUUAAUAUGGUAUUAUUAGAGCCAUAUCUUCGAAAAGAGCAUAGCUAAGUUCGUACUGUGUUUUAUCUGGCAUAUUUUUGUGUCAAGAGCCGGAAGCCCUUGUGAUUAAUGAGCUCAACCUUUUUACAGCGCUGAAAAUAGUGUCACAAUUUAUGGGUCAAAAGCUAAGUUAAGCCAGGGAUUUGUUUGCGGAAAACUCAUUCUAGUCGUUAGGUAAAUAAAAUGCGAACAGUAAACUCCUAAAGACAGAUACCUAAAGCCAUAAUCAAGUAAACUUUUUAAAUAUUAAAUAACUUGUUUUAUCCUAGUUAAUUCUUAUGCAUAUGAAUUGUAAAUUGUUUUGCUCGUAGAUUACUUUGAUUGAAAAACUUUUAAACUCACUUAAUCGAAUUAGAGACCCUUCAUUGGGGAUUGCUUUGUGUUGAUAUCUUGUCCAGCUUAAAAAGAAAAUAUUCAAAGUAAAAUCCAAGUCUGUAAUUACUUAGAGCAGCACAAACAUCCAUAGAGACAAAUUCGUGUAAUUCGCCAGAAUAAUGUUGUGUAAUUUCUGAGUUCUGUUGGAAAAUUACCCACCCAUGUGGCUUUGCGGUGUGAAAAUGCCAACACGGCAAAACAAAUUCCGAUUUGAGGGGCAACAAUAACAACAACAACAUCGGUAACUACCAGUGAAAACAAUGGAAAUGGGAAAAUAAAUUGAAAUGAAAUGAUUUCUCUGUGGCUUCUGCUUCGACAUUGGUCCUUGGUCCCUUGCCGGCUUCAACUGGUCCUUAGGUCCUUUGGUCCUCUGCGUCUCCACUUGGCACUCUGAUCUUUAAAAAUUGCUUUGAACUUUCGGCAUGAAAAAUCGUAGCCACAUCAGCCAGGAGCAGAAGCCCCGAGAUAAACUUGUUCGUUCAGAGCUGAUGGGGAAAGUUCCUUGGCUGGCAAGGGGCUUUUCGGGUUCCUCGGGUUGGUCGGCGGAUAGUGGUCGAAGUAGAAAACUUUGCCUUACAUGUCGUAUAUAGCAAAUGUGUAAACUGUCGAGGCAGCAGCUGUUGUUGUGUGUGUGUUGGCCAUAAAUUCAAUUUCCAAAAUGGGGACAAAGCAGAGUCUCGUGUUGCAAGUGUGUGCGAGGUGACUUGAUGUCGCGUUUAUGUCACUUGCAACUGCAACAAAACUAAUAAUCGAAGACAUUUCGUUACCUUAAACAUCGCCAGCGCGCACCUGGCGUAUGAACAAUUUUCAGUGUAGCACAUAUUGAUUUUCGGUUUGGGCUAUGCUUCUAUAUUUAGGCAGUGGGCAGCUAAACAACCGGUCGUUUGCAGCAGAUUAGGCGCUUGUCUCUGGUCAAAAUUAAUUAAUUAAACGGGUUAUAUACGCUUACCCCAUAUUUGAGCAUUAAACAUUGCUGAUAGAAUGGUUGAAUUAAAUCGGCACAGAGUUUGCAGAAUUAAAUUAUUGUGGCUGCAGCCAAAGCGGGGACAAGUGGCCAAUGGAGAAUGGGAAUGGAAAAUAGUAAAUGGUGAAUGGUAAACGGCAAAUGGCGAGUGGUCCGGGCUAAGUGGCACAAAAGAUGGCAAAAUUGCUGCCUGGCACGCAUUUGAACUGAGCAAAUGGCCGACUCUUCUCUCGACGGGUGUCCUUUCUUGGCUGCAUUUCUGCUAUUUUGCUUUUCUCCUCUUCAAACUCCUUUCCCUUUAUUAUUUGCAAGAUAUUAUGGCCAUAAUUUCGUUUGGCUCAAAAAUGUUUCGUCGUUCCCAGCACACUUGAGUCGAUGCGGAGCAGCAAUAGUUUUUCCUACCCGCAGCUUCCAUGUUUAUAUCUCUC